AGAAUAUGUCUAUGGUGAAAAUGCAUCACAUGAAGAAAUGCGGAAUGUCGAACCGGAUAGAUAGGAGAUGUCAUCGUUAUCUUAAGUCGAGUUUUUCCUGUUGAAUUUAUACAGCUACACGAGAGUAUUUGUGAUCAGAGUAUCAAAGACUUAAAGAAAGUUUAGUUGAUUCAAAGCUUUUCCUAGUUCGGGAAUAAUAUAUACAAUUUUGGAUUUCUUGCCUUUUCAUUGGGGCUGUAUUGUCACUGUAUGCCUGAUUAUGCGAAUGGACGAUAAACGACGAUUAAUACACGUUGAUGUUGUAACGAUAAUGAAAGUAACGUUUUAGGUACGAAAAAAGGAGUGGCUUUUUAGAUAUUAAGUAAUACUUGGCUACGUGACGUUUCUAACCUUAUUCGACGAUAAUAUGAAGUCAGGCAAUACGGAUAAGCAUAGGGGUACGAUACUCCUAAAACCGGAGGAAAAUGAACAAGUCUUCCAGUUGAUAGGGAAUCGAUGCCAGUGUUUAGCGGCUGGUAUUAUACAAUUAUAUUUGACUGAAGCUCCUUUACAUAAAGAUUGGAUUAAAAAGAAUACAGGUAUCAUUACUCUAAUAAGGGAUAAUCCAAGACGUAGUUUUUUUUUGCGCUUGUAUUGUUUACAAAGGAAGAUUAUGUUAUGGGAACAUGAAAUCUAUAAUUCAAUGGAUUAUAAAGCACCAAUGUCAUAUUUUCAUACAUUUGAAGCAGAGGAUUGUAUGGCUGCAUUUAAUUUUGCAAGUGAAACCGAAGCUAUUACAUUAAGAAAUAUACUUCUUGGAAAAUUAAAUGCUAAACGUCAAAGGAGGCAGGAAAGAAAAGCAAAAGAAAUGCAAGCUAGUACUACUUUGCCUUGGAAAAAUCAAAGUAGUAUAUCAUCCUUUACUGUUACAUCAGGUUUAUCAAGUAAUUUAUCGAAUGGUGCUCCUGCUACAGUUGGUGUUAAUAGAAGUGCUUCUAGCAGUUCAAUGUAUAAAACUAAAAAGAAAAAAAGCGAACAAGACCUUAAACGCAAGUUGACUAAAGAUGAUAUUGGCCUACCUUCUAAUUUCAGACAUGUGGCACACUUAGGAUGGGAUGUAAAUAAUAAAGGUUUGGAAUUAGAUUCUGUAGAUUCACAAUUACAACAAUUUUUUAAUAAUGCUGGUGUUUCGGAAUAUGAACUUCAAGAUAAAGGCACACGGAAAUUUAUUUAUGAUUUCAUUGAAAGAAAUGGAGGUAUGAGUGCAGUGCAGGAAGAUAUUCGACCAUUGGUUAAUGCAAAAAAUAGUCAACCUCCUGCACUGCCACAGAGGCAGGAAUAUCCUCCACCUGUUCCAGCACGAACAAUACCUCAUCAGACACGCAUUGCUCCACCUUUACCUCCAAAUCGUUUUGGUGUAUCUCCUGUACCAAGUGUGCCAUCUAGCCUACUUCCGAGCGUACCUUUAAAUGCUUUGUCGAAUAUUCCAUCUGUACAUAAAACUUUACCAUCAAGACCACCUCCACCAACUAUAACAUCAGCACCAGCUCUUCCUCCACCUCCGCCUCCACCUCUACCACCAGCUCCUUUAAAAAUCGGUACAAACAUUCCCAUACCACCGCCUCCGCCACCUUUACCAGACUCAAGUAGCAUCAACAACACAAAUGUUACUAAUAACAAUAAUGAAGAAUCAAUCACUGAUCUUAGACCAAUGCUCAUGGAAUCUAUUAGAAGCGGUACAAUUUUGAAGAAAGUUGAUAAGACGGAAAUAAAGCCAGCAUUAGUUGAGGAUUCAAGGGAUGAGUUGCUACGACAAAUACGUGAAGGUAUUGAAUUGAAACCUGUUCGAAAUGAAGCAAAAUCGAAUACAGUACCUAUACUUCGUGGUGGCUUGGCUGAUGCAUUAUCUAGAGCUCUGGCUGAACGAUCUCGUGCAAUUCAUAGUGAAAGCGAAGAAUCCACUAGUGAUACCACUGAUGACGACGAAUGGGAUGACUAAAUCAGUAUAAAACAAUUAUUUCAGAUAAAAAAUUAAUUAAAAAGCUAAUAACAUAUUACUGUGAUAAAUACGUUAUUAAUAAAGAUAUUAACAAAGUUAUUUACAAAUA